AUGUCUGCCCUGAUAAAAAAGCUUCUCAACACUCGGGUACUUCCCAUGGGCCUGCGAACUCUAUCUGAGGUCACCAAGGUACAACCGACAGUGACUAGCAUUCCCAGUUACUCUGACCAACUGAACCCCAUCCCCGGUUACGAUUACCACAAGACAGAGUCCCACCCGAUCCCCGGAAUCAACUUCAAGGACCCCCCUCCUGCUGAGACUGGAGUACAUGCUGUUACUGGGGAGGUGGUAAAGUUUCCUUACUUUCACUGCAGGGAUGCUUGCUACGAUGGAGAUCUUACUAUUGCAUACCAGCUGAUUCUGAAAAAGGACCUAUUGAUAUCUGGCUUGACGGGUUCGAGUUCCCUGGUCUACCCAAAAGGGGCUGAUGAAGUUUACAAAGUUAAAGGCACUGAUGUCGGUGAAAGUGGACCAACCCCCGAUCUGUGGCGUUACAAAUACGAAAUUCCUGCCGUCAACGAAGCUUACCUCUUCUGGAGAAAGUACGGGACUCUAAGAAGUGACAACUUGCCGGAGGAGCAGUUUGAUGCCAUGUGGCUUCACUUCUUCAACAACCCUCUUCUGGAUAUCUUCGAGUUGAGGCGAGGUUGCAAUAUCGUCCACGAUCUGGAUAUGAUCCCAGAACCGGCUCUGGUGGAGCAGAUGUUCUACGCUUGUAGGAGACUCAACGAUUACCCUAUGACUCUCAGGCUAUUGGAAGGAAUAAAGAAUAAGAUCCCCAAGGACCCUGUCGUGUAUCAAUGGGUUUUACAAGAGCUCGCACCAGUCAUGGAGGAACUUGGAAUUAAAACACCCGAUGAGCUCGGACUUCACAUUGCCCCUGAGGGCAAGGGUCCUUUACCCUAUUAAUAUUCCAAUUAGUUAAUCGGUACCGUCAAACUGAUAGUGUUGAUAGAGAGAUUGACGGUAUCGUAUAGAAUUUCAAUCGUUCAGUGCAGCG